AUGGAUGACACCUCAUAUCUUAAAAGUUCGAACAGACCAUUUGAGUUCCCACCGCCAUUCAGCGGAACCAGUAGCGAGAACGAUAAAAUUCAACUUUUUCGUUUUAUUGGAUCAAUUCCGAGAUGGGAGGGUUAUCCCCUACUGUUUAUCGUAGUCAGUAAUAUUGAUUAUAAAAAGCCUGAUGCGGACAUUGAAUCAUUUUUGGAUGAUUGGAAUAAUAUCCGACAAGAAGUUCAAUCCUUAAACGGGGGAGGGGGGGCGAGCCCACUUCAGUAUGCGCAUUGUAUCAAGAUCAUGGACAACUACAAGACUUAUCGAAAAGAUGAUAACGUUGAUGAGAUCAAUCAACUAAUCGAAAAUAUGUCUUGUGACCUCAAAUACCAUUCAAUAACGAGUCUACCCAAUCUAAUCGAUCACCUGAGCAGUCUCACCUCUUUCCAAAGAAAAUUGUUGC